AUGGUAAAGCGACCAUACCAACCUGAUCCCACUUCAGGUGCAAAGCGACUAACACUACGGCAGAGAAUCCCAAUCAGGGAUGCCUCCAUCAAUGAGAAGACUGGCUCUUCUCAAGCCUCGCCAGUACAUGCAAGCCUCUCAUUACAUCCAGUCUCGGCCAAGGAGGCGCUGAUCGUCAAAGUCACCCCCCCUCAUGCUCCGGCAGAAAAGAUCAACCAUGUUGCGUGUGACAUCGUACUGGUCAUCGAUGUCUCGGGGAGCAUGGGCGCCCCGGCCGACGUGCCCGGCGAAGAAGAGAGCACUGGGCUUUCGGUUCUUGACCUCACUAAGCACGCAGCCAUGACCAUCAUCGAGACGCUCAACGAAGACGACCGCUUGGGAAUCGUGACAUUCGGCAGCAGAUCCAAGAUUGUGCUGAAACUUACUUCUAUGAACGAUAAGAACAAGGAGGACGCCCGUAAGAGCGUCAGGGAGAUCGAGUCCCGUGACGCCACAAACCUGUGGCAUGGUAUGCGAGACGGUAUCAGAGUUCUGGAACAGGGUAUGCCAUCGAACCGAGUGCCGGCACUCAUGAUCUUGACCGACGGAAAGCCCAAUCAUAUGUGUCCCGAGCAGGGCUAUAUCCCCAAGCUUCGUUCUAUGGACAAAUUGCCCGCUUCCGUUCAUACAUUUGGAUUUGGCUAUAACCUUGAAUCUGGUCUCCUCAAAGCCAUCGCUGAGUUUGGAGGCGGCAACUACGCCUUUAUUCCGGAUGCUGGCAUGAUCGGAACUGUCUUUGUUCACGCCGUCGCCAAUUUACAGUCGACUUUUGCAACCAAGGCUAUUCUCACUCUGUCUUACCAAGAGCCACUGUCACUCGAGGAGAUCAGGGGUGACUAUAUCGGGAGAUACGCACCAAAGGCUGACGGCUCAGAGAGCACGCUCAAGUUGGAAUUGGGCAACCUACAAUAUGGCCAGACACGAGACAUCUACAUCUCGGCCAAGGGUAUAGGUAACGACCCCUUCGAUGAAAAGGGAGUGACUUGUGUGACGGCCCACCUGGAAUAUUUACCAAGCGGAGGCAAGCCAAAGCGCGCCGCCCACGCAACAUGCAGCAUGCUGGCAGAUGCCGAGCUCUCACCGAAUGAGAUCGCGUACCACGAGUCGAGGACGUUGAUAUCCAAGUUCCUCGCAUCCAUCUUCCCUGCCAACGUCAAGCACGUCUACCAAGCAGUCAAGCACGAGCAGCUCAAGGCCAAGAUGGCUGAGCUCCCCGAGUUGAUCGAGGAACUCCCAGCCCAGAAAUUCGACGACGCCCUGAACAAGUCUCUCGUCGAGGACCUCGCAGGAGAAGAGCCCAGAGGCCAAAUAUCUAUUGCUCUCCGCACCCCAGAGAAUUUCCGCAGAUGGGGCAUACAUUACCUUCCCUCAAUCCACAACGCCCACACCAGGCAGAUCUGCAACUCCUUCAAAGACCCCGGCCCCCUCCAGUACGGCACCGGGAGCCCCCUCUUCCUCGCUUGCCGUGACGAACUCGACGAAGCCUUUGAUAAACUCCCCGCCCCCGAACCAUCAGCUCCACACCUCCGCUACGCGGCAUCCUCGAGCCACCCGACCUCCAACCACACCUUCUCCAUGUCCCGCUACCACAACCCGACGGGCAGUUGCUUCGCCGGCUCCACCCCCGUCGAGCUGGCCUCCGGUCGGCGCGUGGCCAUCCGCAAGCUCCGGCGGGGCGUCAAGGUGCGCACCCCGGCCGGCGUGCGCAAGGUCGCCGUCGUGCUCAAGACCCCCGUGACCGAGGAGACCAUGUGCCAGGUCAAGGGCGGGAUCCUCGUCACGCCGUGGCACCCCAUCGCGGGGGACACCGACGCCAAGGCCUGGGGCUUCCCCGCGUACGUGGCCGAGCGCACCGUGCGGUACACGGGCUUCGUGUACUCGGUGAUGCUGCAGCGCGGCGACGGGAGCCCGAGGGCCCACGCGCUGAGGGUCGGCGGCGUGUGGGGGGUCACGCUGGGGCACGGGGUCGUCUCCGGGAGCGACAGCCGGGCGCACGCGUUCUUCGGGGACUACCGGCGGGUGGCCAAGGCGUUCCUGGGCAUGGGCAUCGACAAGGCCGGGGUUGUGGUCGGGGCUGGUGUCGAGAGGGACAGGAGGACGGGUGUGGUAUCGGGGUUUCGACAACCUCCCCCCUUGCUGGAUCAAGAAUGUGUUGUGUCGUAG